AUGAAGCAGCGUACGGUUUUCUCAUGGGGAGCGGCGAUUGUAAUCUUCCUGGUUCUGAUGAUCGUCACUCCCACCAUCCCUCAAUCUCAGGCUUACCACGAUUUCGCCGAUCAACGAACCUUCUUCGGAAUCCCAAAUGCCUUGAACGUCAUCUCCAACUUCCCUUUCCUCAUCAUCGGCCUCAUCGGUCUCGUCCUCUGCUUUUACCCAGACGAUUACUUCAGUUUCAGUUUGCGAGGUGAGAAAUUAGGAUGGACUUGCUUUUACGUCGGCGUGACGGCUGUUGCUUUCGGAUCUUCUUACUAUCAUCUCCACCCAGACGACGCAACUCUCGUCUGGGAUCGUCUUCCCAUGACUAUUGCCUUCACAUCAAUCGUGGCUAUAUUCGUAAUCGAGAGGAUUGAUGAGCACAAGGGCACUUACUCCAUUGUCCCUUUGCUUCUCGCUGGCCUUAUCAGCAUUCUCUAUUGGAGGUUUUUCGAUGAUCUUCGUCCAUACGCUGUAGUACAGUUUGUUCCUUGCAUUGUCAUUCCACUCAUGGCUAUUCUCUUACCUCCACAGUACACACAUUCCUCAUAUUGGCUUUGGGCUGCAGGUUUCUACCUCUUAGCCAAGGUGGAAGAAGCUGCAGAUAAACCCAUAUACAACUGGACGCAUCAUAUCCUCAGUGGACACUCGAUAAAGCAUUUGUGUGCUGCUAUGGUCCCUGUCUUCCUUACCCUCAUGCUUGCAAAGAGAACCGUUCAAACUGAGAGGAUUAGCUUGUAUACGUCAUGGAAGAUAUCAUGGAAAAGGAGUCGAGGGAAAGGCUCCGAUGAAGAGAUCUACGAGUGUAACUACUCCGGCGUAGCAGUCGAAGAGACUCGGUAG